GCAGCCUUGGCCUCUGGCAGGUGCACUCCUGCGAGCAGACUGAGCCAGACAGCGGGCGCUGAGGUCAGAGGGACUGGGCAGGUUUUAUUUUGGGUAUCGGCGACCUCCCCCUCAGGUCGCCAGGCCCGUGCUGCGGCCGGACGGCAUUGAGCGGGCACUGCUGGACAGGCCAUCGGCUGCCGAGGGCCUGUGGCAGGCCAGGGUGGGCAUCCGGCUGGACUCUCCCCUGGGAGCACGGAGGGAGCUCAGCCUGCACUGCAGUGGCGGGAAAGCUGAAACACAGGCACGGUGGGGAGUGUGACGCUGAAGUGCCAGGAAGGCCACAGCCCUGCUGCCCUCCACAACCCCUCCCACCACCGGGAGCAGCCUCCACCCUCCAGCAGCCGGAACCCUGUGUCGGCCUCCACCUGGGAAGCCUGCUAAACGACCUGAGCUCUGCUUGGGACCCGAGGUGGAGGGAGUGCCGUCCAUCACCUGUUUGCCUGCUAGCCUGGCAGGCCCCCGCAGGGUGCAGCGAUGCUCAUCUCAGCUGCCUCCAUGGCCCCUGAGGCAGUUGGCCCGUGCCCCCAAGGCAUCCCUGGACCCCCACCACCCCUCCUGCCCAAGCCGGGGAAGGACAACCUGCGUCUGCAGAAACUUCUGAGGAAGGCAGCCCGGAAGAAGAUGACUGGGGGCGGGCCCCCUGCCCCGCUGGGGGCUUUCCGCAUCUCCCUGUCCCCUGUGAGUGAGGCCAGCCACGACCAGGAGACCACAGCCCCACAAUCUGCCGAGGCCCCGCGCCCUGCCGAAGCCCGGUGCCCUGCCGAGGUCCCACACCCUGCCGAGGCCCCACGCCCUGCUGAAGCCCCACGGCCUGCUGAGGCCCCACGGCCUGCUGAGGCCCCGCGCGUGGUGGCUGCACUACCCCGCACCCCCCACACCCCCGUCAUCCACCACGUGGUGUCCCCCCUUCAGAAAUCCACAUUCUCCUUCAGCCUCACCCAGCGCAGGAGCCUGGCCACUCACUUUAAGGCCACGAGUCCCCAGCUGGUAACUCCGGCCCCAGAACCCACGCGGUCCCCCAGUGGCUUCGCCCAAGUCUUGGCUCCUGCAGUGGGGGCUACCCACGUCAGCCAGGUGCACAUUCGUCUGACGCCGUCCCCACAGGCUGGGAUCUCUGAGCACCCCCAGACAGCCCUGGAUGGGGGGCCUGGCAGCCAGGACCAAGACACAGCAUUGUGCCUUCCUGGGGCCCAGCCCCUGAUCCCAGUGGCCCAUAUCCGCCCACUGCCCACUGGGGCCCAGACUGCCAGUCCCUGGCCUGAGGUGUCCCCGGUGCCCAGGCCACCCCCUGGCUUCCAGGCCUCAGUGCCCAGAGAAGUCAGCACCCGGGUUGCGGUGCCCAUAGCCCCCACCUACCACUCUCCAGGACUCUCGCCUUACAGGCCAGCCUCUGUGGCCCCUGAUGCUGAGUGCACGGAGGAGCCCCCAACGACUGGCCCUACUGCAGUGCCUGAGCAGGUCUCCAGCCCCCACCGGGCCUCGUCCCCGACUCCACCAUCAGGUCCCCACCCGUGCCCUGUCCCCAAAGUCGCACCCAAGCCUCAGCUCAGCGGCUGGAUACGCCUCAAGAAGCAGCUGAUGGAGGAGCCCCCAUUCCCGGGGCCGGAGCCGAGCCCAGAGCGUGCGGAACAGGAGGUCACCGUCCCCACCAGUCCAGUACCCCGGCCUCCUGUCUCCCGGGCCUCCAGAAUGUGGGACGCAGUGCUGUACCGCAUGUCGGUGGCUGAGUCCCGUGGCAGCCCGGCGGGGCCCAGGGACGGGGCGUGCACCCUGGCCGGCCUCGGCCGCCUACCCUUCCUCUGUCGGCCUCGCUUCAAUGCCCGGAAGCUGCAGGAGGUGGCCACCAGGCCCCCUCCCACGAGCCGCCCUGUCCUGGAGUUGAGCCCCCAGCCCAGGAACUUCAACAGGACGGCGGCGGGCUGGAGGCUGCAGUGAAUGGCUGGGGCAGCCCCAGGGCCCAGGACCAUGGGGGUGAAUACAAGAGGGACUGACGGUCUAGCUGGGAAGCUGUGGCCACUGAAGAGGGCACCAGGGCCAGAUGGGGGCUGAGGGAACCUGGGGGUGCUGGGGUGCCAGGAGGGGCAGGUUGGCUGGAUGGGGGCGUGAAGGUCCGUGGUGGGAGGUGGGACGAGGCUGGGAGCAGGUGGGGUUGAGGAGGAGGCGUGCCUCGGUGGUGUGGAGGGGUCUGCAUGCGGUAGAGUGUGGGGGCUUUCAGGGUGAAGCCUCUGGAGAGAUGGGAAGCACCCAAGUCUGUAUGAGGCAGGGGGUUGGGUUGACUUGCAGGGCCGGCCUGAAUCUCGCACGGGGCGGAGGGAAAGGAGGUAUAGGGAGGCGGCAGCAGCCCGCAGUCUGCAUGGAGCACCUGCCUGGGUCUCUGGGGAAGCCUGGAGCCCCCGAGGGCUGCAGGUGGUGAGCAGGGAGGGCCGGACUCAGCCCAAGGGUGCUCUGCUCAGUGAACUCAGAGGCUGGACAGGACGGGGGCAUUCUGGGGCCGGGCUUUGCGGUCCCCCUCCCUUCUGCCGUGAGAGAUUCUGGGGAUGGGUUUACAAUUGCUCUGUGGAGCCAGAGGGGUCAGGGUGAUCCAGUCACCCGCACUGUUAGCUGCAUCCCAAUGAUGGAGCCCUGACAGAUGUGGGGAGCUGAGCCCCAGGCUCGGUGGGAGCUGGCCCUGCACCACUGUCCCUUUAGCUGCCCAUCUCUGCUUCCCCACCUGGGGCCAGAGCUUGAGGGGUGCUCGCUGCUGGGAGAGAGAGGGGCAGGGCCUCAGCAUCAGUCAGGACCGGGCUUUGAUGGCCGGAUGGGGCCUAUCCUCAGACCUGGGGCUCGGAGAACAGCCCAGCAGAGUGGUUGAGGAGGGGCUACAGCCCAGCUAGGGGCGGUGAAUGGGACCUCAGGCCUCAUGCUGCUUUGGGGGCCGCUAGGCUGCAAUGAGCUGGGGUCUGACUCAGGGCAAGUGCCAAGGCUCUGAUGGGGGCCGGUUGCAAUGGGAGAGGAUCCGGAAGGACCUGGGGAAAACUCUAGCCCCAGCUCCUGGGAGCUGGACUCAGGAGGGGGAACAGCAGUCGGUAGGGGCCAGGAUGUCAUGGGUGCUAUAAAUGGAUCCUGGGACCCAGGCCACUAAUAAAAGUGUGUCUAACCACA